UUGGAGUUUUUUUUGUUAGAUUUUUUGCUCUUCAGAUAUCUUUUCAAUUUUUAUUUUAUAUUUGUUAAGUGUUUAGUUGUAGCGAAAGUAAGCAUUAGUUUCUGACCAAAUUGCAAUCAAAUUGUUUCCUUGAAAAAUGUGAUUAAUACUCCAAUGGAUAUCUAAUUGCUGUCAGCAUAAUGCUUGUCUUCCCUUUUUUGGGUAAUCACCUCAGUUGCUUAUUUUUACUGUGUUUAUAUUUACUUGUGGUUAUUUUUUUGUUGCUUAUACCCAUUUAGAUUUUAUUGGUUCUCAUUUAGGAGCUAACCUGGUUCUAUUAUUUUGUAGUUUUGCUUAUUCUCAUUCCAUGUAUCAUUUUGAAACAUUUCCUGUAUUCUCAAUGAGUUGAUUCUGGUCAUUCAAUUGGAACACAUUUUUUUAGUAUUAUCAAAACAAAAAUCUCAUCAAUGUGUAGAUAAGAUUUAAUUUAAUGGAGGAUCGAGCAAGUUUGGUUGAUAGAUCGAAAAGGUCUUCUCUUGCUUCAAGCCGUGCUCAAGAUCCUGAUUUAAUUUCAUUACAAUUAAACAAUCAUUCAAAAGGAAACCGUAAAGAGCAGCUUCUCCAUGAUGCUGCCAUUAGAAAUGAUUUGGAUCUGGCCACCAGAUUAGUUUCUGUUAAGAUUGAUAUUGACAGUAAAACUCAAUUGGAUCGGACUCCAUGUCAUUGGGCAGCAAUGCACGGACAUCUUGAAAUUUUGAAUCUCCUAAUACAAGCAAAAUGUGAUAUUGAAGCUGUCGAUAAGUUUGGAAUGAGUCCAAUGUUAGUUUCUGCUUGGUAUGGUCAACUCGGGUCAAUGAAAUUACUAGCAGAAAAUGGAGCUUCACUUAGUUUAGCCAACAAGAAAGGACAAACAGUUCUUCAUUGUUCCGUUUACAAUGACCAGUUAGAUGUUGUUGAAUAUUUACUUGGUUUUAUCGAUAAAUUUGAUAUCAAUGCAGUGGAUAAGAAUGGUCAAACAGCUUUACAUUAUGCUGUCCUCAAUGAUAAUCUUGAAAUUGGCGAUUUAUUAAUUGAAUCAGGAAUCGAUAUAAAUAUCAAAGACAAGGAUAAUCGGAGUUGCCUGCAUUGGGCAGCAACCAGAGGUCAUCAUAAAAUAAUUGAUCGUCUUCUCAAUGAAAUGAAAUUAUGUGAUGAUAGAGCUGAAGAUGGCCAAACAAACCUUCAUUUAGCUGUUUUAAGUGGACACAAAGAAUCGAUUGAAAUAUUACUCAAACAUAACUUUGAUACGUUUGCAAUCGACUCGAAAGGACGAACUGCAUUACAUGUGGCCAGUGGUUUGGGCAAUUGUGAAGCAAUUAAAUUGCUACUUGAUUAUGGAGCUUCUCUGAAUAGUCGAGAUCGUAAAGGUAACACUUCACUUCACCUCGCAGUUGCUGGUAAUCAUUCGGAUGCUGUAGCACUGUUGGUCUCUAAAGGAGCUUUCAUCAAUGCCAUCAACAAUAGACACCAAACUGGGCUACAUUUAGCAGCAGAAAUGGGAUUCACUGAGAUAGCUGAAAUUUUGAUUGAAAAUGGUGCUGAUUUCACUCUUGUUGAAAAGUCGGGACGCACUGCUCUUUAUAUUGCUGCUCGUGGUUCCUUUAUUGCAAUCGUUGAUAUGCUGAUUAAAGCUGAAAGACUUCGGGGUUCUCGAUAUGGCUCAUCAAUUGGUGGAAGCUCAUCUCGUAAAUCAUCAAUUGAACGUAAUACCUCCAUUGAAUCAAACGAAACUCAAUCAACCUAUGCACGCGAUGCACCCAACAGUGAAUUAUCUGAAUCUUAUUUGAAACAAAUUAAAGACAUUUUAUGGUCACUCUCACGUAACCAUCUUGAAAUUCAAGAUUGGAAAAGAUUAGCCAGAAUUUGGGAUUUUACAGAUGAACAUAUUAAAGCAAUUGAACAUCAAUAUACUGGAAAGACAAGCUAUAAAGAACAUUGUUAUAGAAUGAUGUUAAUCUGGUUACAUGGACUUCCACCAACGAAGAAUCCGGUUAAAGAGCUUAUUGAUGGUUUAAUUGCCAUUGGUAAAAAAGAUGUUGCAGAAAAAUUGAAAAAAAAGAUUGAAGAAGGUCGAGUUUUAUCACAAAGACGACGAAAGUGUCACUGCCUUCCAUCGGAUGCUAACGGUUACUGUGGAUAUUGUAUUUUAAUGUGACGUUUAAUCAUUUCUAAUAUUUUCUCAUUUUAACUUUGAUUCGUUUUCGUCAACUGAUUGUGGUGGAUUGAACAAAACCAUUGAAGGAAACAAUUUAUUCCAACUUUUUGUGAUUUCUUUACAAUCGACUCAUUUUCAUCAUUCAUUAUACUCGAUUCACAUUGAUGGCAUUAAUUAAUCAGCAAUUACCACAAUGAGGAUGAUAUAAUUGCCAACCAUUCACUUUUAACUUCAAAACGUGUUUACAGUUUGAAUAUCUACAGAAAUUAAAUCAAAUUAUGUCAAUUCUAAUGAUAAACUAAACUAUUUUUACAAUAUUGAAGCGACAAAAUUGAAACUGUAUUUGUUGAAAAAAUGUAAAAUAGAUUAUAUACCAAAAAAUGAGAUGAAACAUUUACUUUUGUAAAUAAUUAAAUCUAUUGCUAUUGUUGAUACCGAGUGGUGUUUUGAUUGCAAACAUCUUAAAUUAAAUAAAAUGUUUUCCAUUGAGAUUUUUUCCCGUUGAAUUGGAUUUAAUCAAAAUUGAAACAAGAAUAAAAUACAAACGUAAUUCAACAAAUAAAAA